UGGACCGGAAGUGGGAGCGGGUACCUGUCAAAUUCAGGUACCCGCUCACAUUUCCGGUCCAAUCGCCUAGGCGAUCGGAAGCGGAAGGUGUCCUCCCUCCCUGUAGUCUUUUGGGACACGAGACAGGUCCCAGAAGACUACAGGACCAUUUAUGAAGUGCAGCGCUACUCACGCAUGCGCAGAGGGUACCCGGCUGUGAAGCCGCAAGCUAUCACAGCCAGGUGCCCACACUGAAGAUGCCGGCCUCCUGGAAUACAGGACGGCCGGUGAAACGGGCUGCAGGGGACACAC